UAUUACGUAAAUUAUCAUCAUCAAAUGAAGUGAAUAAUAACAAUAAUAGUGAUAAUUAUAAUUCAACAAACAGUAAUAAAAAUACUAAUCGAUCUCGUGAAUUGAUGCCAAAAGAUUCAACGAUAAUCAUCAAUAAUAAUAAUAAUAAUAAUAACAACAACAAUAACAACAUGUCAUCAAUCAUGGGCCAUAAUGAUAAUGAUAAUGAUGAUCAUGGGCCAACAAUGGCACAGAUUCUUAUCCAAACGGGUAAUUUUCAAAAAUUUUUGGAAAAAGCAAAAGAAGAUUUUGAAAGAAAAUGGAACCAACAGGGUUCAAAUACGGCAUCAUUAGAGGAUUAUGAACGUAUAAAAACAUUGGGCACCGGUUCAUUUGGCCGUGUAAUGCUUGUACAACGAAAAUCUGGUCCAGAUGCUGGGAAACAUUUUGCCAUGAAAAUUCUUGAUAAACAAAAAGUGGUCAGAUUGAAACAAGUGGAACAUACAUUGAAUGAGAAAAAAAUAUUACAAGCUGUAGAUUUUCCAUUCUUAGUACAUCUUGAUGCUUCAUUCAAGGACAAUUCAUAUUUAUACAUGGUCUUGGAAUAUGUACCCGGUGGUGAAAUGUUUUCCCAUCUAAGAAAGACGGGAAGAUUUAGCGAACAAAUGGCUCGAUUUUAUGCCGCACAGAUAGUGUUAGCAUUUGAAUAUCUUCAUUAUCUCGAUCUCAUAUAUCGUGAUUUAAAACCAGAAAAUCUAUUAAUCGAUUCACAAGGUUAUAUUAAGGUCACAGAUUUUGGUUUCGCCAAACGAGUCAAAGGUCGUACAUGGACGUUAUGUGGUACGCCCGAAUAUUUAGCACCAGAAAUUAUUCUAAGCAAAGGUUAUAACAAAGCAGUCGAUUGGUGGGCACUUGGCGUAUUAAUCUAUGAAAUGGCCGCCGGUUAUCCACCAUUCUAUGCUGAUCAACCGAUACAAAUUUAUGAAAAAAUUGUGAGCGGAAAAGUACGAUUUCCAUCACAUUUUAGUGUUGAAUUGAAAGAAUUGUUAAGAAAUUUAUUGCAAGUUGAUCUUACAAAACGAUACGGAAAUUUGAAAAAUGGUGUCAAUGAUAUUAAAAAUCAUCGUUGGUUUUCAUCCACAGAAUGGAUUGCCAUAUACCAGAAAAAGGUUGAAGCACCAUUUUUACCUAAAUGUAAAGGACCAGGCGAUACAAGUAAUUUUGAUGAUUAUGAAGAAGAAGCAUUACGAAUAUCUAGUACAGAAAAAUGUGCGAAAGAAUUUGCCGAUUUUUAGCGAUAAAAUAAAUAAAUAAAAUAAAAUAUAUAUGACAACAACAACAAAACAAAACAAAACAAACAAACAAACAAACAAACAUCAUCAUCGUUGUAUUCACAAUCAAAUCAGUCAGCCAAUAAACAAUUGAUGAGUCACAUACUAUCAUACACACACACACACACACACACACACACACACAAAAAGGUGACAUUGAAAAACCAUUUAAAAACAAAUCAAUUUCAAUUUCAAUUUUGUGUCGAUCCAAAUUCAUCACCAUUCGUUCUUUCAUAAUCAUCAACAUCAUCAUCAUCAUCAUCAUCAAUCAUUUGUCACCAGCAUCUGCAUUU